CCACAUCCGGGAGAGGCGAGGAGAGCAGAAGUGGCGUUGGUCUGGCCGGAGCCCUUGGGUGAAUUUGUUAGGCGUGGAGAGGGAGUGAUGUCUUCCAGACUCGGUGCAGUACCCGCCACCCCGGGACCCACAUCCUUUAAGCAGCAGAGGAGCACGAGGAUCGUAGGAACCAAGAAUAGCAGGACCAAGUGCUCCAUAAAGGAUAACAGUUUCCAGUAUACUAUUCCUCAUGAUGAUUCCUUAAGUGGCUCAUCAUCUGCCUCUUCGUGUGAACCAGUAAGUGAUUGUCCAGCAUCCUUCCGAAAAUCUACCUACUGGAUGAAGAUGAGAAGGAUCAAGCCAGCUGCUACUCCCCAUGUUGAAGGGUCAGGUGGAGUAUCAACCAAAGGAAAAAGGAAACCCAGGCAGGAAGAAGAUGAAGAUUAUCGAGAAUUUCCUCAGAAGAAGCAUAAGCUGUAUGGCAGUUUAGAGGAGCAGUGGUACUUAGAAAUUGUGGAUAAAGGCAGUGUCUCCUGUCCUACCUGCCAGGCAGUGGGGAGGAAGACCAUAGAGGGCUUAAAGAAACACAUGGAAAACUGCAAACAGGAAAUGUUUACUUGCCAUCAUUGUGGGAAACAACUUCGUUCACUGGCAGGGAUGAAGUAUCACGUCAUGGCAAAUCAUAAUAGUUUGCCCAUUUUGAAGGCUGGAGAUGAAAUAGAUGAGCCAAGUGAGAGGGAACGGCUCCGAACAGUUCUAAAGAGACUGGGAAAGCUUAGGUGUAUGCGUGAGAGUUGCUCUAGUAGCUUCACCAGCAUCAUGGGAUAUCUGUACCAUGUCAGAAAAUGUGGCAAAGGGGCUGCAGAGCUGGAGGAGAUGACCUUGAAGUGUCACCAUUGUGGAAAGCCAUAUAGAUCGAAGGCCGGACUUGCCUAUCACCUGAGGUCAGAGCAUGGGCCUAUCUUUCCAGAGUCAGGACAGCCAGAGUGCUUAAAAGAGAUGAGCCUGGAGCCAAAGAGUGGGGGCCGAGUUCAGAGGCGUUCUGCCAAAAUAGCUGUAUACCACCUGCAGGAGCUGGCCUCUGUGGAACUGGCCAAGGAAUGGCCUAAGAGGAAGGUUCUUCAGGAUCUAAUACCUGAUGAUCGGAAGUUAAAAUAUACUCGCCCUGGGCUACCUACCUUCAGCCAGGAAGUACUACAUAAAUGGAAGUCAGAUAUCAAGAAGUAUCAUCGCAUUGAGUGUCCUAACCAGGGUUGUGAGGCUGUCUACAGUAGUGUAUCUGGCCUUAAAGCUCACCUGGGCUCUUGUACUUUGGGAAACUUUGUGGCUGGAAAAUACAAGUGUCUUCUAUGUCAAAAAGAAUUUGUGUCAGAGAGUGGUGUUAAGUAUCACAUCAACUCUGUCCAUGCUGAGGACUGGUUUGUUGUAAAUCCAGCAACAACUAAAAGCUUUGAAAAGCUGAUGAAGAUAAAGCAGCGGCAGCAAGAAGAAGAAAAGCGGAGGCAGCAGCACAGGAGCAGACGGUCUCUAAGAAGGCGGCAGCAGGCUGGCAUCGAGCUUCCUGAGUCAGCAGAGCUGAGUCUCAGAGUAGGGAAGGAUCAGAGGAGGAAUAAUGAGGAACUGCUAGUGUCGACCUCCUGUAAAGAACCAGAGCAGGAGCCAGUGCCAGCGCAGUCCCAGAAAGUAAAGCCCCCAAAGGCUAAUCAUAAACGAGGAAGGAAAUAGGCAGUCAGUGUGAAAGCGCUCCUAGGAGAGUGGAUGUCAUACUGUUGUCGUGGGGAACUGUGCUGGGAGGACUGAGUCAUGGGUCUGAGUGAAGAGAAAUGUACUCUUUCAACUGUUUGUGUAAAGAUAUGACUUUCUCAGCUCUUUCGUCCUGUAUAAAUUUUACUGUUUUCCCUACUUAUUCACUUUGACAACCCCUCCCCCAAACUCUUUAAGGUAGGUUUCCUGCUAUUCCUCAUUGGAGUUUAUUGUUUUUCUCUUCUCUUGCCCAAAGAGCUCCCUCUUAAGGCCACUAUAGGCCCCUCUUGCCCUGUACAAGACUAAGAAAACUGGUUGUCCUUUCCUUCCUGGGGUGUAGAAUGUUUUUGGAAGCUCCAUUGAUUUAGUAGUCUACAUCAAGCUUAUAAAACAAUUCCAAAUUAAUUUUUUAAAACCAUACUGAUUAAUCAUUUUGUAUUUGUGCUAUAACAAAUCUAGAAGCUAGAAAUGUUACUCAUGUAAUAAGGUUACCCUGUCUCUUUGGGAAACAAACUUUAUGGAGGCUGUUUGUUCUCUUAAUAUGGUUUUAGGAUUGAAAGAAAGAAAAUGGACUUAGGAUGAAAAAGCUAGAAUUUCCUUACAUCAAUUUUACUGGGAAAUGUGUCCCAAGUAGCAUUGUAACUAGACCCACAGGCAUGAAAAGCAGCCUUAGGAGUAGUGUGUUCCAAUCAUUAAAAUGGCUGGAAAGAAGCAGCAGCAAUAAAUACGGCCUCCACUUUCCUGUGGCUCGAGGCCUCAUCUUUCAUAUCCGUGCCCUCCUGAAGUUUGUUUUUCCCCUCAGUUUUAAGGACUGAGAAAUAUCAGAUUGGUUGCCCCUGAUUUUUUGACACAGAAUCCUAGUGUUCCUGGUAAUGUCACUAAGAUUGGUAGCCAAGGCACUUGUUCUUUCUCUCCUGUACUUGACCUCACUUGUUAGUCUACACCCCACUAAGUCCUCAUCCCUCCCUUUACUCAACCUCUGUCUGAAUUUUCUGAGAAUAUUGCUGUUCCCCUCUUUUAUAUGUGUUCUAUUGUCUUUAAUCCCGAGACUUAGACACCAGAUGUAAAUAUUUAUCUGGAGUUGGAAAGAAAAAUUCUUUUUCUGUACCUCAUGCCUACCUGAUAAUGUCUAAUGGGCUGUUAGAUGAUUGUUUUGAAACAAGUGAAGGACAUGGUGUAUCCACUCUACAUUUUCAUUUGCAGUUGUGCACUUAGAGCCCUUUCAGUAGAUGAGGAUUGUCAGGGAGGAGAAAUGAAGAAGCUAUAUUAAUUUCUGGUGAGUAAGACUCGGGAACUGUUUGGCAAUGACAAAAGAAAUAAAUGACUCUCAGUUAGAUUGAUGUUUCCAUUUGUUCAUUGA